GGCCACUCCAGAUCCAGUCAGCAACCAUGAGGGCCUCACUCUUCCUUGCCUGCCUUGGAGUUGCUGUCGCUCUCCCCAUUGAUGAUGAUGAUGACGACAGGAUUAUUGGAGGCUAUCCCUGUCAGAAGAAUGCUCUCCCCUACCAGGUGUCCCUGAACGUUGGCUACCACAGUUGCGGUGGCUCCCUCAUCAACUCCCAGUGGGUUCUUUCAGCGGCUCACUGCUACAAAUCCCGAAUCCAGGUGCGUCUGGGCGAACACAACAUUGAUGUCCUUGAGGGUGGUGAGCAAUUCAUUGAUGCAGUCAAGGUCAUCCGCCACCCCAACUACAACCAAAACACCUACGAUAAUGACAUCAUGCUGAUUAAGUUGAAGUCAUCUGCCACCCUCAACGCCCGAGUGGCUGCUGUUUCUCUGCCUAAAUCCUGUCCAUCUGCUGGUACCAAGUGCCUCGUGUCUGGCUGGGGCAACAUCCUGAGCAGUGGCAGCAACUACCCUUCGCUUCUGCAGUGUCUGGAUGCUCCUGUCCUCUCUGACAGUUCCUGCAAGAGCUCCUACCCAGGCAAGAUCACUAGCAACAUGUUCUGCCUGGGCUUCCUGGAGGGGGGAAAGGACUCCUGCCAGGGUGACUCUGGUGGCCCUGUGGUCUGCAAUGGACAACUCCAGGGUGUUGUCUCCUGGGGUUAUGGCUGUGCUCAGAGAGGAAAGCCUGGAGUCUACACCAAGGUGUGCAACUAUUUGACCUGGAUUUGGCAGACCAUAGCUGCCAACUCAACACUUAUCUCUUCAUGAAUGAUCUCUUUGUGGUCAGCUUCACUUUCUUUCUAUGCACAAACUCAGUAUCAAAAUAAAAGCAUUUUGUUCUCAC